AUGUCUUCGCACCGCUCGUCGUCCGCGUCGCGUCGCGCGUCGUCGCGUCGCGCCUCGAGCGAUGCGAGCACGUCGCAACGGUCAUGGAGUGAAUCGUCACGGAGCGACGGCGAUGGCGACGCCGCGCCGCACUAUCGCAACGCGCGCGAUCCGCCGUUGCGCCAAGGCGUGUCUCGCGUCACCGUCAGCGCCGAUAAUCUGUCGAACGAGAGCGAGUGGGAGACGAUGAAAAUCACCGCGAGCGCGGCGGCGAGAGGCGCGGCGACGACGGCGGCGCGGCGACGACGAUUCUGCGCGGCGGUGCGUCGGAUGGCGGGCACGAAGCGUGGAAUAUACGAAAUAAUGCGAAGUCCAGGGGCGGUGAGCGCGCUUCGGCGGUUGAUGAGCGACGAGGACGUGGAUUGUCGACGAGGGGCGUGCGAGGCGGUGAGCGAAUUGGCGAAGACGCCAUUCGGCGCCGCAUUACUGUGCAGCACCGACGCGCAGUUGAAAGAGGCCUGGGGAACGGUGCGGACGUGGGAGUGGAAGAUGGCGCUAGCGAGGAUAAAGCGGACAUUUGGGUAUAAAACGUACGCGCAGUGCUUGGCGGCGUUCGCGACGUCGACGUCGUUACCACUCAAGGCAUCCGGGGAAGCCGUUGACAAGUACUUGUCGCGGCAGGUGUUUUUUCCAUUACAGUCCAACUUUUCGCCGACGUUUCGCGAUGAGACGCACGCGUUAGAGUCGUUGUCUAAAGUUUUGAGUCGACCGGACGACAAGCCCGAGGUGUUGUACGCCGCCCUGAGCGCCUUGGACACGUUGUUAUCAACGGUGAAUUUCUCGGCUGAAGUCAUCCCGUUGGUGAAUCAAUCGACUUACGCGACGGCGCAGCGCUUGUCGAAAGCGACGGAAACGAGUUUAGCCGCACUCGACCCCGUGGAGGCUUUCAUGGGUUCGGACUGGACUGAGGCUGUUCGUGGCCCCGGGUGCGUCGGCACCGUCGUAAUGUUGUUCAAGCGUUGGGUGUUGAAGACCGAUGAAAGCACCGUUGACGGAGACGAAGCCAGCGAGCGCGAGGAAGAAGACGAAGAUGACAGAGAAGCCAUACGGCGACGAAAUGACAAAGCCGUGCUUUCAGUGACACAAUUCAAAUUAGACCGAAGAUUGAUGGUGCUCGCGUCGCACAAGACGGACGCAAUCAUCAGAGAAGACGCGAGCCGCAUCUUAUACGAAGCGACGCUGAAUUGCGAAAACAAGAGCGUCGGCAAGCGAGUGUUUGAAAUGCUCGUCAGUAGCGACAGUGUUCUACGCGCGAGUACGCUUUCGUGGAUGGCGUACUUGUUCGUACAACAUGUGCGAACCGUGCGCGCUUUUGUUUCGAUCGACGAAAACGAGAUAUGGCCUUUGACGAAGACGGUGCGAUACUUGCUUUCGGACGACGUGCUGCGUUCGGCGAGCAGAGGGCUGUCGGAACAAGAAGAGUCCAUACGCUUGGGCGCCACGCGAAUGCUUCGCGCCGCGUGGGAUGCGGUAUCAGUUAAGCCAUCAGCCAUGCCGGAAAAAAGCGAAGAAAACCCAGCGAUCUUUGUCGACGAGCGGCUUUCGUUCCCCGGAUCCCACGAGCGCUGGCUCGUCUUUGUGAAUAGCGGCGCCGUAGCCGCGCUUUGCGACAUGCAGCUCAGUCGGGCGAUAGGGGCGUCGCAGCUUGCGGAUUCCACGCUCGAUCACCUCGUGAAAACCGAGCCUGCGGCGAUGCAGUAUUUGCUAUCGCGCAACAAGCAGCCGAGUGCGGCGGAGAAGCGCGAGGUGAUUCGACAAAAGGUUGAACAUCACAAGGCGGAUUUCCCUCGCUCGAGGGUGGUUGAAACGCAGACGCUGCCCGCGGAAGAGGAAUCGCCGCCGACACCAACCGACGCCCAAGACAGUCUUGAGAGCGUGAACAUCGCGCCGCAUCGCGCGCGGUGGCGCGAGUAUAGAGAAAAUCACAAGCCUAUCGUCGCUAAGUUUGUUGACGUCGACAGCUUCGGAGAUGACGAACUUGAUCGCGAGGGGUGGCGAGCCAAAGCGGAGGACUUUAUAAUCGCGGGUGGAUCGGCGCGAAAGAAGAAAGGUUACGAAACACAUCGUGGUCCGUACGAACGGGCGGUUUUACGCGAAGGAACGCUCGGUUUGGCGGCAAAAAGCGACAAAAUGCCCGUAGUGUUCUCAGCGAACCCGAACGUGGGCCCGUACGACGCCGCCGCACCGCGAAGCGCUUCGGCGAAAGUUUUCACGCGACCGAGUAAGCGACAUGAGAUUCCGCGAGACGGUAUCCCCUCGAACGCGAGGACCUAG